UACCUUUGGGGUGUUACUAUUGCCAUGUGAUAAGGCUAACACAAAGAUUGGAUUGAUUUUCGUCCCAGACCGUGUGAAAGAAGCUGAAUCGGAUUACGAAUAAGAGAACAGUCAUGGACUCAGCACCAGCUGUAAACGUGAAGAACGUUUUAUAUGUUGCAUACCUGAUCGCUGCUUUGGACGUAACGUGGCUUUUCCUCCAGAUUUCAAUAACACCGUAUUUGGCAAGAAGACUGGGAUUUGACUCACUCUGGUUUGGGUACCUACAGACCACUAUAGGGAUGAUCCAGCUCCUGGGAGGCCCUGUAUUUGGAAGGUUUGCAGAUAUUUUUGGAGCACGUGCUGCUCUCUCCCUGUCCUGCUUAGCAUCGGUCAUUUAUUUUUUGUUGCUAGCAGCAGCAGACAGUGCUUUUUUACUUUUUCUGCACAAACUACCUGCCGUGUUCAUGCAUGCUUUUCCAGGAUUGCAAAUGGUUGUCACAGACCUGUCUGAGAACAACAAGCGAGCAGAUGCCCUGGCAAAGCUUGGUCUCUAUUUUGGUAUUGGCAUGAUCACAGGCUCGUUAUUGGGAGGCACCCUGAGCACACGCUUUGGGGAGAAGUUUGCUGCAUAUGUGGGUUCUGGAGGAAGUGUUAUCAAUCUUGUGCUGGUGCUGAAAUUCAUACCUAAACACACAAAAAGACAGAACACAAAGAACAACAAUACUGGCUCUGUGUUUAAAUUGGGGGAGAUUGUUAGGUUGAUGAAGUUUCCCGGUGUUGCAAAGACUUUCACUGUGAAGAUAAUCGCAGGACUGCCCUCUGGUGUUUUUCAGGUCAUGUUCUCCAUCAUUGUCAUGAACUUUUUCCAGCUGCAAGCAGAGGAAAAUGGGUACCUCAUGGCAUACCUUGGUAUAGUGCAAAUGGUUAUUCAGGGUGCUGUUAUUGGUCAUCUCACUGCAAGAUAUUCAGAGAACUCAUUACUACUGUUUUCAAUUGGCCUGAACAGCUUGGUGGGGCUUGCACAGGCCCUAACGACUAACAUGUUACAGUUCUGCUUUGUUGUUAUUCCCAUGAUGCUGUCAAUCAGCAUCUUCAAUGUCAUCACAGACAGCAUGCUAACAAAGAGUGUUCCAGCAUUUGACACAGGGGCCAUGCUAGGCUUGUGUGCAUCUGUGCUGCCUCUGGUUCGCACAAUUGGGCCAACCAUUGGAGGUUUCCUUUAUGAGACAUAUGGUGUGGCAUCAUUUGGAUACAUUCAGUUUACUGUCAGUGCUAUAACCUUUAGCCUGCUGUUCAUGUCAAACACAAGGAGGAACACAGCCCACUACAGAUGAACCCUGACUUGACUGAAGUACAAAUUUCCUUUGCUCUUUCAUUUUAACUGAUGUUUAUUACUGUUGAUAUUAAAACUGUUGAUUAAUCUACCAUGUAAUUACUAUUUGGUAGGACAUUGUUUUUAGUUCCAAAUGAAUAUUUUAUUAUAUUGUUCAUGAAAAUUAUGUGACAAUGGAAAGAAAAUUAUUUUUAAACAUGUUGAGUAUGCAAAUGAUAAGCAUGAAUAAAUUGCAUGGAAUCUGAUAUUGCUAUGGAUUACAAUAUUUUUCACUGACCAUUGGGGACUCAUUUCUACAUGUUAUUUCUAUUUUAAAAUUAAAUUUCCUUAUGAAUGUUUAGGCAUACGUUGCUCAACUCAGCAUACAAUGCUGAGUUGAGCAAAGCAUAUAAUGAAUAUUACUCUAAUGAGUGCAGGGAAUGUUAAUGUAGUUAAAAUCUGACAAAGGUAGUAUUUGCUACAUUGUAGAACAUGUUGUUUGACUGAAAUUCAUUGCUUCUAAAAGUUUUGAAAUGUUUUUUUUUUUUUUUAAGUUUCUGAAUUAAUUAAUUACUUCAUUGAUGUAACCAGUAGAAUUGACUGGAUUGGGAAGGGGGCUUUUAUUUUGACAAUACCCAUUAGCAAGACAUAAAGUUGUGUGUCCUGUGGCAAAGUAUUGUUUGGCAUCUGCCAGCAAAAGGCAGUACCUGCUCUCUAAGUUUAUCAGAGGAGUGUAGCAAUUCGCGCCAGGCAAUUUGUGUGGCAACUUAACUCCUGUUCCAGGACAGAGUCUCCCAGUCUUAAGCCUGCAUACAGAUGGGGUGCAUGGUAAUGUUGAUGGGCCAGUGAUACACCAGGUGAAUGUUGGAGAUUCAGUGCCUUUGCUGUGGUCACCUGCAAGGAACAGCUGCACCUGGAGUGAAAAUAGCCACUGUUUUUUAUUGGUUUAUUUUAUUUUUUCCUUUUUGUUUGGUUAUACAGUGUCACCAUCCAUACUGAGUAAAUCCAUACUGUCUAUCUAUACCACGUAUAUUCAUACUGUGUCUUAGCUGUUUGGGAUACUUAGUGUAUACCUUAAGCUAGGUUGUGAGUGCCCUGUCUGAAUGUACCAUUGAUUUUGGAUUGAGUAUUUAUUCCUGUAGUAACUGGUUUUGUCUUUUCUUAAAAUAGUAUCUGGAGCUUUUAAAAUUGAAACCAAUAAACUGUGAAUCCUUUUUAAUGGUUUUGUUGUAGAGAUCGGCUAUUUUAAGCUGUUAU